AUGCAAGACAUCGAAGAGGCCACUGUCACGUUUCGAAAGUCCAACCUGAAAGCCAAGUGGUUGGCGAAGGAUCGAUUAUCACUGCUGCAACUGGCAGAAAAGUCUGGGUUGACUCCGGACUAUGGCUGUCGGUCCGGGGCGUGUGGAACAUGUGAGGUAAAGCUCUUAAAGGGAGACGUCGACGGGAUCUUGGAGGGAGACGAUGGCGUUCUCAUUUGCAGCUCUAUUCCAGCAAGCAUCGAAGUCGAGCUUGAGCUGUGA